AUGAUAAGACUGCAGAACGUUUGUCAGUGGGGAAACGGGAAAAACUCGUGCACUUCGUCGCGUCGCGAGAUCCUCGCUUGGGUAAACGAUAAUCUCAACACAAGUUUCAUGCGAUUGGAGGACCUCUGCUCCGGGGUGCAAUACUGCCAAAUGCUUCACAAGCUCCGACCAUCCGCCAUCAACUUGAAGAAGGUCAUAGUAAACACGAGGGCCCAACAUGAAUUUGUUCGCAAUAUGAAACUGCUGCAGAGGAGUCUUUUGAAACAAGGUAUUGAGAAGCAAAUACCCAUUCUUCGGCUAGUUGCUCGGGGCUAUCGCGAGACCCUGGAGUUUUCUCAGUGGUUCAAGGCCUUCUACGAUCGCAACUAUAUUCUUCUUCAAGAUGAAAUUGCCCAGGACAAAAAGAAUAGAACGGCCAUCAAGAUAAUGCGGCACUCGAUCUAUGGCUAA